GUGGCAGCCUUAGUUCACAAGAAGUCUGGCAGCCAAAUUAGUCAAUUGCUAUCAGAAUUGCAAACUGCUAAUAAGCAAUACUUCAUCGUGUUUCCGUUUUCGCAGCAUCUAGAAUGCAGAUGAACGUUAUUGUGACUCAAAAAUGUUGUAUCUCUAUAAGGGUAUAAGGGGCCAUGCGAACAAAAAAUGUCUUAUCUCUAGAAUUCCUCGAAACGGCAACCUCAUGGACAAGUCAACGCGGCCAAAACGAAAUCGUCGACAUAGCAGGCGAGCGUGGCCACCGGAGGAGGAGCUGCAUCCAGCAUCCCGAGCCACAAAGAGAUUAUUUACUCCCGACAUUAAGAGGAUGCUAAAAGACUGGUUAAUUCGUCGCCGGGAGAAUCCCUAUCCUAGCAGGGAGGAGAAAAAACAACUUGCUGCAGAGAGUGGACUUACUUACACUCAGAUUUGCAAUUGGUUCGCAAACUGGCGAAGAAAGCUUAAAAACUCGGAGAGAGAGAAAGCCAAGAAAUCCUGGGGCCAUCUGAUCAAAAAUUACAACCACAAUGCAAGGGGUAAUGUGGAACAAUUUAGCAUCUCGUCGGAGGAUAGCAUUUGGGAGGAGGAGAUGCACUCAUGUCCUGGGGAGGAUGACGAAGGCGACGAUAAUGACGAGUUUUCCAGCCACAGUACUGGUAGCGAUGGCAAUGCCAAUAAUGAAUCUUCAUCCCCGUACAAGCCGAUAUUGUUUUUAGGAUCUGCAGGUCAGACCGAGCGGAUACCCAUUUUAUCAGCGCAAACAGGGGGCAGGGCCAAGUACAAGCAUCAGAUGAUGGAAAAGUAUCUACGAGAUAGUUCCCCGGCGAAAACGACCAGUCAACAGGGUACGCAACUCAACAAGUGGUUGGAAAGUGCAGCAAAGUUCACACCGGACAGGAACAAUUAUCACAUCGAGUGGAAUAUGACCAGGCAGAAAGCUAGCAGCAAUAGCAGUUGUGGACAAGCGAUCUUUACCACAGAUGUGUCUGGGGCUGGUCGUGGUGGACGCUGGAUGCUUCAUCAUAAGGACGAAUUGGAAGCGGCAGAGGCCUUGGCCAACCUCGCCUUCAACUGCAGGCAGCGCUGGCACCAUAUCUAAAGACUGAAGACUCCGGAACUGACGCCAUCAUUCCAGCAGAAGUUUCAGGCCCCGCUAAAAAGUGCAAUCUAGUCAAGUGGGCUUCUUCUGGUUUUCAUUUUCGAACUUUACAGUACAAUAAUCACACGUUACAGGAUUUUCUUCGAGUUAAAAACCUUUUAGACCAACACUCAUUUAAAGUAUGUGAUAAACUAAGUGGAUCAUAUUCAUGUAAACAUGAAAACCAGGUUUCGCCGAGAGUUAGCAAUUACAAUUACUACAGCUAGUUUAGAGUGAAAAACAAUUAUAUAAUUUUUGAUUUCUUGUUAUUUAA